AUGAGAUGUGUGAUAUACAAAUGUAUAUUAAUAUUUAUAAUAAUAAAAUAUGUUAAAUCACAAGACAAUAAUCCUGAUCAGCCUGCUGAUGAUGAAGAAGAAGAAGAUAACUUUGAUGUUUUUGACCUAGAUGAAAUAAUUGCGGAACGAAUUGAUCGUUUUGAUGAUCCUCAAUACCAACCACAAUAUCAACAAAUACAAGAAUCUCAAUAUCAAGCCCAACCACAAACUCAGCCCCAACCACAAACUCAACCCCAGUACUAUGAUCUUGAUCAAGGAGAAUCAUAUCAAUAUCCACAAGAACCAACAUAUUAUGGACCUCCACAAACAGUAACUCAACAACCAGAAUCAUUUCAAUAUCAACCUCAACAAUAUGGUCAAUUUCCAUCACAACAACAACAAGUACAAUAUGUACAGGAAUUAUUAGAAGCUGAACAAUACGGACAAUAUCAACCUCAGCCUCAACCUCAGCCUCCACAAACCAUUCCAUAUCAACCAUAUCAAGCACCUCAACCUCAAUCAUAUGGACCGUAUCAACAUUAUGGACCCGCACAACAACAAAUAUCACAAUAUUACUAUUAUGGACCUGAAUCUACAGAUCCUUAUGGAUAUCAACCGCCAUAUGGAACACAGACUUUUUAUGAUACAGUUCAACAACCAAUAACUGGAACUCAACAACAGGUAACUCAACCAGAACAGUAUUAUCAGCAUUAUGGACCUCCUAGCUACGAUCCUUAUCAACAUAUACCAACUUAUCCACCUGGAUAUCAAACACAACCAAUGGAACAUUAUGAACCUCAACCACAACCUCAAUCAGAAACUUUAGAAGAUGAGGAAGAUUUCUAUGUUACAGAACAUGAUCAACCAUAUCCACAACAGGAACCUCAACAACCACAACAACCAAUUAAACCGCGAAAAAGAGCAAGAAAGAGAAAAGAUCCUCAAGCGCCAGAAGAACAAGGUGAUGAACAACCUAGAAAACGAAGAAGGCCAGUUAAAAAAACUAUUGAUAUCAAAUUUUAUAAGAAGGAUUCUGAUGGAAAACUGGUAGAAAUGAUAAAUGAAGACUAUAAAGUUACAUAUGAUGAUCGAAAUAAAACAAAAUAUGAUUUUAUUUUAGAUCUUGAGCGGAUAGAAUAUGAGGAUCAAAUUAUUUAUGAGAAUAAAAAGGGAGCUCCAUAUUGUUCAUCAUUAACUUAUAGUAAAAAAACUAAGAUUGUUGUCAUGACAUUCAGUGACGUAUUUCUAUUAAUUAAAAAAACUAAAGAAUCAUGGAAAACAAUUUCAGAAACGACUCCAGACUAUGUAAAAUUCUAUACAGAAGAUUCCGAAGGCAAAGAAAUUUUACUAACUAAAGAACAUUACAAAGUUACUUUUACUUCACAUGCAUCCUUUAGAUACGAAUUACACCCAGGUGUAAAAUGUACAAAGAUAAAAGCUGAUAAUAUGACUGCAUGGGAAAAAACUGAUAAUGAUGCAGAAUUUCCUAUAGUGAUUUAUGUUACUAAUAAAUUAAGUCUUAUAAUCAAUUUUGACAGCUACACUAAAAUGUUCGAAAGAAGACCUCAUAGAUAUAGAAUUCUAUAUAAUAAAAAAACUUUAGGAAGACGCAAAUACAAAUAA